AUGUCCAGCAACAUCACCAAUAACGAGCGCUGGCCCUGCACAGUCUGCGACAAGACCUUGUAUUGCAAAACAGCCCUCAAAAGACACAUGCUGAGAUGGCACCCAGCGGAGUGGCUGAAUGAAGAACACGGGGGACAAAUCACAUACUUCCCCUGCGAUGUCCCAGGCUGCAACCGGCUGAACAACAACACCCGACCCGACUUUCGCAUCGAUCACCUGAGCACGGCCCACGGCAUCGACAUUCCGGCGAAGAUUCGUACAACUGAGUUCAAUUACCUGAAGAGGAAGACGGAGGGAACUCUGAAGUUGCACAUCGUGCAGGAGGCCAAGCAGCUCAAUGAGUUAAACACCAAGAUCCGUCGAGUCGAGUGCUUGCUGAACCUGGACGCUCGUGUCCCAUACUACCAAAGCCGUCACGGCUUCGAUACACACACCGUCUUCCAGACGGAUCAGGCCCAACUUCCCCCCAAGAAGGUUGACUUGGUCUACUACUUGCAGCGAAUCCGCAAUACUAGAAAUCAGGUAGGAUCGUUGCACACCAAGCCUGGCGUGAUGGACACUCGGGAUGGGGUCCUCGACGACUUGGAGAUGCUGAUGGACUGGCCGUGA